AUGUAUGGACGUGAGGUAGAAGAUACAGAAUUUAAUAUGAAAUUAACAUAUGUUAUAUGGAAAUUUGAUUAUAGACUCAGUAAACUGGUAAUUGACUCAUUAUUGCCAAAGCUACAAUUUGAACAUUUGAUGAGCCUCAGUGAAAUGGAUGAUUCAACUACUACCUGCUUGAUCAAUCCAGAUCCUGAUUGGCUAGUUUUAGUUAAUGAUAAUGAUAUGCUUUUGGUAAAGAGCAUUGGAAAACAAACAUUGGUUAGUCCUCAUGAACCACAAUUUAUUUGUGAGUCUCCUAAAUAA